AUGUUUGGGCAUUUACGUCACGGCGGCAGGGCCGGGGCCUCCCGAAAUGGCAGUGGCCCGGGGAGUCGGAAGCCCGGAGCCAGCGCGGCCGCUGCUAUAUAAGUGGGGGGGCCGCGGAUCCGGGGAGCCCGGCUGCGCUUUGGAGAAGCGAGGAGCCGCCGCCCGAGGCAGGUCCCGGCGAGCAAGGGCGCCUCGGCCCCCCGUUCCCUUUCCCAAAGGUGAGCACCUGGAGCCAGGAGCCCGGGUGCUUGGGUGUGUGAGGCACAGGGCACCCCAACAGCUGGCCUCCCCGUCACCCGCGCGCAGCCAAGCCCAGCGGGCGAGGCCCCCGGCGCCCCGCAGCCGCCGCCGCGCCAUGCUUCACCUUAGCGAGUUUUCCGGCCCCGACGCGCUUCUGGUCAAGUCCACCGAGGGCUGUUGCGCGGAACCCAGCACUGAAUUGUCCCGGCUGCCCGGUAGGGACGCGCCGGCGACUGCCGGCUACCCCGGAGCAGGCGACUUCUUGAGCUGGGCUUUGAGCAGCUGCAGCGCCGGGGGGGACUUAGCCGAUUCCUGCUUCCUGGAGGGGCCUGCACCCACGCCCCCUCCUGGCCUCAGCUACAGCGGUAGCUUCUUCAUCCAAGCAGUACCCGAACACCCGCACGACCCGGAGGCACUCUUCAACCUCAUGUCGGGCAUCCUGGGUCUGGCACCUUUCCCCGGCCCUGAGGCGGCAGCAUCCCGGUCUCCGCUGGACGCCUCUUUUUCCGCAGGCCCCGACGCCUUGCUACCGGGUCCCCCGGACCUUUACUCCCCGGAUCUGGGCGCUGCCGCCUUCCCAGAGGCGUUCUGGGAAGCUUCAUCCUCGGCAGGCGCCCCCUCACAGUGCCUGUAUGAGCCUCAGCUCUCCCCGCCCGACGUCAAGCCAGGCCUCCGGGCGCCCCCGGCCUCCCCUGCUCUGGACACUGCCUCGGCCUUCAAAGGCCCCUACGCUCCCUGGGAGCUGCUCUCAGCUGGAGCCCCAGGGAGCUGUGGGUCUCAGGGAGGCUACCAGGCCGCCCCCGACGCCCGUUUCCCCUCGAUGGGGGCCAAGAUUGAAGACCUGCUGUCCAUCAGCUGCCCGGCGGAGCUGCCAGCCGGUCCCGCCAACAGACUCUACCCCACGGGGUCUUACGACGCUUUCCCGCUGGCCGCAGGUGACUUAGGAGAGGUGGCUGAGGGCCUCCCGGGUCUCCUGACCCCUCCUAGUGGGGAUGGGGGGAGUAGCGGCGACGGUGGAGAGUUUCUGGCGGGUACUCAGGCUCAGGUUUCUCCCCUGGGCCUUCGCAGCACCGCGGCGGACUUCCCGAAACCUCUGGUGGCAGACAUCACUGGGAGCAGUGGCGUGGCCGAGCCUCCGGGGCCACCGCCACCGGCCCCAUUCCCACCCACCAAGGCGCGGCGCAAGGGGCGCCGGGGCGGCAAGUGCAGCGCGCGCUGCUUCUGCCCGCGGCCUCACGCCAAGGCCUUUGCUUGCCCAGUGGAAACCUGUGUGCGCAGCUUUGCGCGCUCCGACGAGCUCAACCGCCACCUGCGCAUCCACACGGGCCACAAGCCCUUCCAGUGCCGCAUCUGCCUCCGCAAUUUCAGCCGAAGCGACCACCUUACCACCCACGUGCGCACUCACACGGGUGAGAAACCCUUUGCCUGCGACGUGUGCGGCCGCCGCUUCGCGCGCAGUGAUGAAAAGAAAAGGCACAGCAAGGUGCACCUCAAGCAGAAGGCGCGCGCGGAGGAGCGGCUCAAGGGCCUUGGUUUUUACUCUUUGGGCCUCUCUUUCGCCGCCCUGUGAGGGGGAAAUGGGUUUGUAGUUUGAGACGCUGCCGCCCGGCACGAAAGAGGAGACUUGGCCCGACCCCCCACCCACCCCUUUUCCGGCACGUCCCGGGGCCUGCCUCUGGUCCCGCUUCCAGUUCCCUUGAAGUGCCCGUCGUUCACGCCUCGUUCAGCACCAGCUCCGUGGACAGCUCCUGCGGUCCCCGGCGCUGACUCCCGCGUCCGCCGCUCUUUGAAGAAGUCCUCUCAGGCCACCCACUGAGUAGGCACUUCCAUGAGACUCAAGAUAGCCUUUUGUAACUAACUUGGCGCACGCCCCACGCCCCUCAUUAGAACCCCCAGAGUCAGGCUGGGGCAGCGCCGAGCCGGUCUCGCGCGGGAUUUUGUACAGCAAUGUCGUUUCCAGCAGCCAUUGGAUGUAACGUUUUGCUUUGGGGUUAUUUCCUUUUGUUGUUGUUAAUUUUUGUAAAGCAGACGCUACUCUCGAGCAGUUGACAAAACUGUUUAUUUUUGCAAUUAAAAUUAUUGUGCUAAAAGCUUACUGAAUCUGCCAUCUAAGCUCCUGACCCUUUCCCCCAAGUCACUCCCCCAGGAGAAUAUGUGCCAGAAGAGAAAGGAGGUAUUCAGCCAAAGGGAUCAUUACGCAGCUACUGUCAGGCACUGUGGCACAUACUAGACAUU